AGAACUACUAAGAGGUAUUCGUUUUGUAGUUGAGGUUAAAAGUUCGCAUUAGCUAUAAAAUCAUAUCACUAAAUUUAUACGUUAAAAUGUUUCUUAAACUAAUUAUUUUCUUAACGUGUAUGUCAACAAUUAUUUGUGUCGAGGAAUUAUACGAACCGGAGGAUGAAGCUGUACUACAAGUUUUCAAUGAGGCUCUGAUACUUUUUAAUCGAACAUUUGGUCUUACGAAAAAACAAUUUGAAUAUCUCGUCGGUGACGAUAAUGACUCUCAAUUGGCUGUUUACAAAUACUUUUAUGAGCAUGAACGUGCACUUCCACUAAAAGACAACAUAAAUAAAAGAUUAUUUCAUGAUCUAGUGAGUGAAAUUUGUCGCGAUUGUCAUGUUCCUUUAGUACAUCUAGUUGAACACAUGAUGUUUCAAAUAAGAGAUCUAAAGCUACUUAAAGAAACAACAAAUGUUAAUAAAACGUUUGAGCGAUCUGAAUCAACUGCUAGUAAUCAACCAACUGAACCAUCUGCUAGUAAUCAGUCAACUGAAUCAUCUGCUAGUAAUCAGUCAACUGAACUAUCUUCCAGUAAUCAGCCAUUUAAAUAAUGAUAAUAAAACUAAUAUUUAUCACUAUUAUCGUCAAAUGUAACACUUUAAUGUAAUUAAUACUGUAAUCAUUAAUUGGUAAAUAAUAAAUCGUUCUCUUAUUUUUUCCAUACAUAUU